CAAAAAUAAAUUUUUGAGGCGUGGGAUGCGAAUUACACACAGUGUUUUCACAGCAGGACUAGCUCUUGUUUUGAAGGCAAAGAAUCAGAACCAGGGGAAUGUGUCUGAGGAUCCAUUUGCUGCUUUGUCUGCAUGGUCGCCUUAUCUAUUUGUCAAUCCAGCCGACCUCAUAUGCUCUGAAUAUAUUGGUUAUUUUGAGCGUAGGGGAAAGAUGGAGAAGAUUGGAGCUGGAUGUAUUGAGAAUUUAGCAACACAACAUUCAUUUAGAGGUCUACUAAAGAGUGCUGUGGGGAAGGAUAAAGAAGCUGCAGAGCCUGUCCACUUGAUUCCUUCAGCAAAUCUGACAGUUAAUGAAACUCCUACUAAGGAUUGCAAGAAUGCCCAUGGCAUUCACCAGUGGUGGGGACCUGAUCUAGACUUGCACUCCAAGGAUUACAGGACGAAUGAAGAUCAUCAAAGGUCUGUAUUAGCCUGUUUGGUUCAGGGCGUCUACGUUAUGGAGCGUGACCGCCAGAAGAACCGUGUAGGUUCACGAGCUCUGGCUCCUCCUUGGUGGAAGUCCUUUCAUUUUGAGUUGCUUCGUCCACUUGUUGAUGAUGCUGAUCGUUCCAUCUUUGGUGCCAUUUAUGAAUAUAAACCUCCGACCUCUGAUUAUAAUGACUCAAUUGAACAGAGCCCUCGUUAUGUAAUUGCUUUCCGAGGUACCUUGAAGAAAAAAGGCACUUUCAUAAGAGACUGUGAGCUGAAUUGGCACUUAUUCCUAAAUAAACUCCACCGAACAUCUCGCUUUGAGAUUGCCAUGCAAGCUGUUCGAAAAAUGGUAGCUGCUGUUGGUGAUUCAAAAGUCUGGUUAGCUGGACAUUCCUUAGGGGCAGCCAUUGCACUGCUCGCUGGAAAGACUAUGGCCAAAACACGCAUGUUUCUAGAAUCAUUCCUCUUCAAUCCACCUUUUGAUCCUUUUGUUUCUUUUGUUUUUUUCCUAAUUGAAAAAAUCAAAAAUAAGAAUUGGAAGGAUGGGAUCCGAAUUGCACGCAGUGAAAUCACAGCAGCACUAGCCCUUUUGGAGGCAAAGAAUCAGAACCAGGGGAAUGUGUCUGAGGAUUCAUUUGUUGCUUUGUCUCCAUGGUUGCCUCAUCUAUUUGUCAAUCCAGCCGACCCCAUAUGCUCUGAAUAUUUUUGUUAUUUUGAGCAUAGGGAAAAGAUGGAGGAGAUUGGAGCUGGAUGUAUUGAGAAAAUAGCAACACAACAUUCAUUUAGACGUCUACUAAAGAUUCUACUAAAGAGUCUACUAAAGAGUCUACUAAAGAGUCUAAAAAAGAGUGCUGUGGGGAACUAUAAAGAAGCUGCAGAGCCUUUCCACUUGAUUCCUUCUGCAAAUCUGACAGUUAAUGAAACUCCUACUAAGGAUUGCAAGAAUGCCCAUGGCAUUCGCCAGUGGUGGAGACCUGAUCUAAACUUGCACUCCAGGCGUUACAGGUAUCGUAAAUUUUAGUGAUUUGUUAUGUAGUAGUGUGCCUGUUUGGUGUGGUUGGAGCUUUUAAUAAAAGUUUUAUUGGAAAGAAACUACUGUAGAAGUACUGUUUUUAAUUUUAUUAAAAAUCAAAUGAGAAGCUCUUGUAGAAGCACCAAUUCAAUGCUUUUGAGAUUUGCAAGGAAAUGGAGAAAACACUAACUUAUAAGAAAUUAUAGCAUUUUUC